AUGGCUUCCGAGAAUGGCAGUCCUGAAUGGACAGCCCCACGGGUCCGUGAGACUUUCCUCGACUUCUUCAAGCAGAAUGGCCAUACAUUCGUUCCUUCCUCGGCCGUUGCGCCCCUUUCUGACCCAACUCUCCUCUUUACCAAUGCUGGAAUGAACCAGUUCAAGUCCAUUUUUCUGGGAACAGUGGAUCCACAGUCAGACUUUGCAAAGCUUCGGAGCGCGGUUAACUCACAGAAGUGCAUUCGGGCUGGUGGAAAGCAUAAUGACCUGGAUGAUGUGGGCAAGGAUAGUUAUCACCAUACCUUCUUCGAAAUGCUCGGUAACUGGAGCUUCGGUGACUACUUCAAAAAAGAAGCUAUCUCGUACUCUUGGACUCUUCUGACCAAGGUCUAUGGACUGCAACCCGAUCGCCUCUAUGUAACCUAUUUCGAGGGUAACGAGGCGGGUGGCCUGGAGCCUGAUCUGGAGGCAAAAGAACUAUGGAAAUCCGUGGGAGUUCCCGAGGACCAUAUUCUUCCCGGCAACAUGAAAGACAAUUUCUGGGAAAUGGGUGACCAAGGCCCCUGUGGACCUUGCAGCGAGGUGCACUAUGAUCGCAUUGGUGGUCGCAACGCUGCCUAUCUGGUUAACCAGGAUGAUCCAAACGUUCUGGAGAUUUGGAACAACGUCUUUAUUCAAUACAACCGCGAAGCAGAUCGCUCCCUCAAGCCGCUCCCCAACAAGCAUGUUGAUACUGGACUGGGAUUUGAGCGGCUGGUGUCAGUUCUUCAGAACAAGUCAUCCAACUACGACACCGAUGUUUUCACGCCCAUUUUCCAGGCUAUCCAAAAUGUCACUGGUGCUCGAGAGUACCGCGGCCAGUUUGGAGCCGACGAUCCUGAUGGCAUAGAUACUGCUUAUCGUGUGGUUGCCGACCACGUGCGCACGCUCAUGUUCGCAAUUUCUGAUGGAGUCGUCCCUAAUAACGAAGGCCGGGGCUAUGUGAUUCGUCGUGUUCUUCGUCGCGGGGCCCGAUUCGCUCGCAAGUACUUCCAGGUCGAAAUCGGUGGCUUCUUUUCGAAGCUUGUUCCCACCGUUGUUGAGCAGCUUGGUGAAAUGUUCCCCGAACUGACGAGGAAGCAACAAGAUGUGAUGGAGAUACUGGACGAGGAGGAAUUGUCGUUCGCCAAAACACUGGAUAGGGGCGAGCGUCAAUUUGAGCAAUACGCCCAGCAGGCCAAAGUCAAGGGUUUCGAAAAGCUCCACGGUGCAGACGUCUGGCGUCUUUAUGACACGUUCGGAUUUCCCGUUGACUUGACUCAAAUCAUGGCCGAGGAACGUGGCCUCCGUAUCGAUGAUGCUGAAUUCGAGGAAGCGCGGCUGAAAGCCAAGGAGGCUAGUAAGGGACAGAAGAAAGCUGCCGCAAAUGCUUUGAAACUCGACGUCCACGACUUGAACAAACUGGAGAAGAUGAAGGAUGUUGUCAAGACAGACGACUCUGCUAAGUUUGGCAAAAGUAAUAUCACUGCACAUGUGAAGGCUAUUUACCACGGGAGGGACUUCCAUGACAGCACAGAUUGUGCCUCUGAGGGCGGACUACUCGGUGUUAUACUCGACUGCACUAACUUUUAUGCCGAGCAGGGUGGCCAGGAAAGUGACACAGGCAAAAUCGUCAUUGAUGGACAGGCUGAGCUAGAGGUUGGAGAUGUCCAGACUUAUGCAGGAUAUGUUCUCCAUACCGGUUUCAUGAAAUAUGGUACUCUCUCUGUGGGCGACUCUGUCAUUUGCGAAUACGACGAGCUUCGCCGUUGGCCCAUCCGCAAUAACCAUACCGGCACUCAUAUUCUCAACUUCGCAUUGAAAGCGAUCCUCGGUGACGGAGUCGAUCAGAAAGGCUCUCUUGUGGCAGCCGAGAAGCUUCGAUUUGACUUCUCUCACAAGGCCGCGGUGUCUGAUGCAGACUUGGAAAAAAUCGAAGCCAAGGCUACCGAGUACAUCCGACAGAACUGCGCCGUGUAUUCUCAGGAUGUGCCUCUGGCAACCGCUCAGCAGAUAACCGGUGUUCGGGCAGUUUUUGGUGAAACCUACCCAGACCCUGUCCGUGUUGUUUCUGUCGGAGUUGAGCUGGAGGAAAUCCUGCGAAAUGUCAAGGACCCCCGCUGGGAAGAAGUCAGCAUCGAGUUCUGUGGCGGGACCCACGUCCAAAAGACGGGAGACAUCAAGGAUUUGAUUAUUCUGGAAGAGAAUGGCAUUGCCAAGGGAAUUCGCCGCAUCAUUGCUGUCACUGGUGAGGAUGCUCACGAGGUGCAACGCCUCGCUCAUGACUUUGGAAAUCGUCUGAACAGGCUGGACGCGAUGCCUCUUGGCCCCGAAAAGGAGCGUGAAGCCAAGCAAGUCCAGGUGGACCUCAACCAACUUGUUAUCUCAGCGGUCCAGAAAGCUCGAUUCCGUGAACGUUUCACUGCUAUCAACAAACAAGUCCUCGAUGGCCAGAAAGCCCAACAGAAGCUGGAGGUCAAGCAGGCUGUGGAGGCUAUUAACUCCCACUUCCAAUCUUCAGAGAACAAAGAUUCCUCAUGGCUUGUUGUGAAACUUCCCAUGCCAGCCAGUGCGAAGGCUGUCAGCGAAUCCAUCAAUCACGUCAAGUCGAAAAUGCAAAACAAGAAUGUAUACGUGUUGGCUGUUGACUCUGAGCAAAGCCGCGUUGCCCAUGGUUGCUUUGUCUCGAAGGAGCUUGGUGACCAGGGUGCUUCUGCGACGGACUGGGCUGCUGUUGUUUCUGGUGUUGUUGGAGGCAAGGCUGGAGGGAAAGGGUCGACUUCCCUGGGCAACGGUACUAACCCGGACAAGGUCGACGAAGCCGUUUCUCUUGCCUCGGACUACCUAAGCAAGUUCAAGCUCUAA